GAUAUCCGGUCAAUGGCAGCGGAAGUUGGCGGUAGUAUUGGAGCGCAGAUCAGGGUUUGACAGUUUGUCCUUUGCAGUCAUGACAUGCACCAUAGAAAAGAUCUUACAGGAUGCCAAAACUCUGUUGGAACGACUGAAAGAUCAUGACAAUGCUGCCGAGUCCUUAAUUGAACAGUCUAGCUCUUUACAUAAGCAGGUAGAAGCCAUGAAAGAGGUUGGGACAACUCUACCAGAAAAGUAUCAAGAAGAUUUGGUAGAGUUAAAGGAUCCUUCAAAGUACAAACCACAUGUGCUUUUAUGUCAAGAAAAUACUCAAAUAAGAGACCUUCAACAGGAAAAUAAAGAGUUAUGGCUCUCUUUGGAGGAGCAUCAGUAUGCCCUGGAGCUGAUUAUGAGCAAGUACAGGAGACAGAUGCUGCAGCUCAUAGCAAACAAAAAGCCUGCGCCCACAGAGCCUGUUCUAGAAGCUCAUGAAACCUACUCUUCUGAAAUGGAGAGACACGUUGACAGAAUAUGUUCUAUGGGAGACGUUAUGAGAAAAGCCAUCCAGAUUGAUGAGGAUCAGGCGUACAGUAUUCAAGAAAGACUUGCCCAACUAGAGCUGGAAAACAAGGAACUUCAGGAAAUUUUAUCUGUCAGCAAGGAGUCGUUGCAUUCAGGAAAAAAGGAUUCCGACUGGAACUCAUUAGAGAAAACUCAGUGAUACCCUUCAGACCAAAUCCUAUAAUACAUUCACUGGACACACAACAGUAAUGGGAAUCAUUUCCUUUCUUCUCUAUACCACAACCUGCACUGUCCUGUGUACUGCACUGCUGUGAAAAGUGAAUAUUUUCUGCUGUGUAGAAGUGUGAUGAUGUGAGCGGAAGUUCGCUGGCUUCAGUCUAUG